AGCGCGAGCGAGAGCGAGAGAAAUGUGAAUUGCGUGUGUUUGUCAAAAAAGCACGAAAUUUUGAUCCGGGCUAUUUUCGCGUUUUAACCGUAGCAAAGUGCACCACUUCCGGCCGAAAACACCGACCAAACACGCCCCGAUGGCCCUGGAACCGUUUGCAUGCUUCAUGGACGUGGAGAACUCGCGCUCCUACAUUGACGAGUUGUACUCGGACGACGCGUACAAAUGCCAGGAGGCGAUAGUCUGCCUCAAGAAUGCCGUCAUCGGUUCGAACAAGAAGAAGGGUUCGGUCAUCUCACAGGGUAUCGUUCCUCGGCUGAUUGCCCUGCUUCGGGAUGAGUCCAAGGACUACGCAUUGCGACUGGACGCGGCCAUCGUCAUCGGUUCGCUGGCCAAGGGAACAGAAUCUCAGGUGCACUCGUUGAUCUACUACGAAACGGUGCAAGUAUUGCUAGGAAUUGUAGUCAACCCGGGUACCGACCGGAGACUUAUGGAGACCUGUCUGGGUGCGCUCAAGACCGUCCUGCAGUACCCGUUUGCCCCGAUCGAGCUGCUGCACUCCAACAUCGGCAAUCUGCAGCGGUUGAUUCAGCUGGCCUCGCCGAGCAGCAGCAUCCAGUGUCAAGAGUACGUGGCCAACAUCUUCGUGCCGCUGUGUCACUCGUCCCACCAGCAGAAGAACCUCUGCCAAGCCAACGUAAUCCCGUUCCUCGCCCGGCUGAUGACCACUCAGCUGACCGUUCUUCAGGUACCUGCCCUCAAGUGUCUCGCGGCGAUGUGCUUCACCAACAAGUACGUGUCGGACGCCGUCUGUCAAACCUGCCACGAGGAACGCUCCAUCCUGGACAUCUUGACCGUGCUGCUUUCGCGCACGCGAGACGUCCAGAUUCAGCUGUCCGCGAGCCGCUGUCUUACCUAUCUGCACCGAUCCGGAUCGCUUCGAGCCGAUGACUACAGAAUAGUUUACAAAACCUUGCCCAGCCUGGCCCGCCUAUGUUCCGAGGACUUUGAUGAAGAUACCCGUGCAACGGCAGCCGAAACGUUGGCCUACCUGGCGGAGAUCGACUCGGAGCUGCAGCGGCUGGCCGCCAUCAGCAACCAUCUGAUCUGUUCGCUGGCGAACCUGAUCCGGUGCCCGUCGCCGCUGUCCCGGCAGGGUGCGUUCCGCUGCUUCGCCUCGCUGGCCGCCAACGACGAGGACAUCCGCAAGCGGAUAAUCGAAAUGGAGGGCCUCAUGGAGGAGGUGCUGAACGGGCUGAAGGACACCUGUCCGGAGGUUCGCCUCUCCGCGGUUCGAUGUCUGCACUCGCUGUCCCGGUCGGUGCAGCUGCUGAGGACCACGUUCCAGGAUCACUCGGUGUGGCGUCCGCUGAUGGAUCUGCUCGUGGGCGAGCCGUCGCUCGAGCUGCUCACCGUGGUCACGUCGACGAUCUGCAACCUGCUGCUGGAGUUCUCCCCGGCCAAGGAGCCGAUGCUCGAGUCCGGCGCGGUCGAGAUGCUGUGCGAGCUGACGAAGCACAGCGAUCCGGCGCUGCGCCUGAACGGCAGCUGGGCGCUCAUGAAUAUGGCCUUUCAGGCCGAGCAACACGUCAAGUCGAAGAUCAUCAACACGCUCGGCACGGACCGGAUAUUCCAGCUGCUGGGCGACGCGGACGAGCGGGUCAUCAUGAAGACGCUGGGCCUGCUGCGGAACCUGCUGAGCAAUACGCUGCACAUCGAGAUCAUCAUGUCGGAGCACUCGUCCGAGGUGUUGCGAGCGGUGAACCUAGUCCUGGACGGACCGCAUCCACCCGAAGUGAAGGAGCAAGCUUUAAUAAUCAUAAGUAACAUUACGGCCGGAGCGCGGGACAAGGACUACGUGCUCGAGGACGAGAACAUAAUCAAAAAGAUUCGUGAAUUUCUGGUCGUCUCGGACAACAAGCUCCAAAUGGGGGCUGUGUUCGUGGUGCGGAACCUGAUGGACAAGAGCGGCCGGCAGAAGAUGCUGCGCGAGUCGGGCAUCCUGGAGAACCUGGAACAGCUGCUGCACAUGACGCCGCGGGAUUCGCAAUUUUACGAAGACAUACGGCAGGAGAUUUUAAGGUUUGAUUUCUCGGACGAGCACUGAGCGCCACCAUCAACCAACCAACCAACCAACCAUCAUCUCUCACGGAUUCCCCCCAUUCAGCAGUUGUUGACUCUUCUAGUGUGAUCGUGUGUGUGUGCGUGUUUGUUCUGUACUUUGUUGGAUGUGGCGCAUGUUUGUGAACCUGGUUACAGUAUCUUCCUCCGCGUGCGGUCACUCGACCUUCUAACCUCCGCGCGACGCGGCUCCCCCAGGAAGGUGUCGUUUGUUAAGUUUAUUCUAAUUUUAUUAAUUUAUUUAGAGCUCUAACAAGUGUGCAUGUAACGGCAGCAGUAUCAGGUCGAUUUCUUCCAAAACUGUGCAUGCGAAGGGAGAUCGAGUGUGCGACAGGACUAAAGUGUGAAACCGAUUGUAUAUAUUUCAUCCCCAAAACAAAAUAUGACUCGAAAUGUAAGGUAAUGACAAAAGAACCCAGCAGGGACGUUGAGUUUUCAGUUCAACACCGGAAAACAGGCAGGCUCUUCCAACCACCCACGAGCGUUGGAAAUAAAACUAGACGAGCGUCAAAACGCAUUUAUGUAUUCUACGACGAAGGAUCGACCGACAGAGAGCGAGAGACCAACGAGGAUGCCAAACAACCCUUUAGAGGUGCGCGCGCGCUGUUUCCUAAAUACGCAAUAAACACGCUUAGACGUUCCGCGAGCAAAGAAAGAAGAACCGUUUGGGUCGUGUAGCACUUUUAGAGACGAGAUUCAAGGACUGGCAGUGUUUUUGAAACACUCUUUACUGCGGGAAGAUUGCGGCGAACUUGCGUUUAUUGCAAAGAAUGUGACGACCCCUUAAGAAUCCCCCACUCCCUUUCAGUGAUCCAGAGUAGCGUAAGAGACCCCCCCUCAACCCAGUUGUAAAAUAAAUCCAGUGAUCAAACUA